GGGGGAGUGCAAGGGGUAAAUGCGUGACUAAAGAUGACUUGGACGAACAGACAGCCUGACAGGAUAAUAAAUGUGACCAUUGGAGAGAGAGACAGCGAGAGAUUCCUAAACAGAGCCCUUGGUGAAAAGAAGCUGACGCGACUACACGGAGACUAGCUGCGGAUAAUGGCUCAAUAAAUGUGGAAUUCAUUGUGGUUUUGGAAAAGAGGCGUUAACAAUUAGUUUUCUUUUUCUCUUUUUUUUCUAUCAGUAAUUGAUUACUUUUUUUGGUGUGGACUGCUGGGAUAGUUUUUUAUGCUUCCGUUGCCUUUGGAGACCAUGAAGUCACAUAAAAAAUCCAGAGGUCAAGCUCUGGGUCAGGAGAGCAACAACACCUACUGCAAAGCUGUGACCAAGACAGGAAAUCGACUCUCAUUGCAGACACACACACACUCUCAGCUGGUGGGCUCUCCCCAACUCGGCCAACUCGGCAGUGGUUUGUUGAACAGCCCGCUUGUCUUUGCUCCUACCGGAGCCGCCGUGCUCCAACUGGCGCAGAUUGAGGCUCAGCUCGCCCUCAACCAGCUCAGUGCCCUCAGCUUCAGCAGCCAGCACAGUAACAACCCGGUGGCCCUGCUCGGCCUGCUGCGAGCGGCAGCUGCCUCGGCCUGCCCCUCUGCCGUCUCCAUGUAUCGGCAGCCCCAGGGGGCUGACUUCGCUCGGCCUCGGCACCUGAUGCCGGUGGCUGUCAACCAGGACAAUCACUCUAUCUCGCAGGACUACCAACGGUCGGCCUUUCCACCCGCCAUUCCUGAGGACCUGGAGGUUGCCAAGUACCAGAGGAUUAAUACUGGCUUUAGACAAAAUGCCCCGGCUGUGCAGGACAUGUGCUUCCCGCCCAUGCCCACACAAAACCUGGGGAAGCCAGGUGGUGAGGACUGGGCCCAGUACAAAGCCCCAAGCUCACAGCAUGCUUCCUCUACAGUGAUGGACCAAUCAGGGAGCUCCUCCUGGAACACGUCGCGGUCAGCUGGGGAAAAGUCUACCUCUGACUCUGUGGGCAACUUGCUGGCCAGCUUUGGUCUCUCUAGCAAGGAUCUGGAGCUUCUCAGUCGCUACCCUGACAGCCAGCUCACACCAGAGUCCCUGCCUCUUAUACUGCAGGACCUCAAGGGCCGCAAAGCCGGCAGGAACACACCAGUGUCUCCGCCUCACUCACAGCUCUCCAUGCUUCCUCCUCACCACAGCCCGAAACCAGACCCAACCCCGGGCACUGCUGCCCACGUGCCCAGUUACCUGAGCAUGGCCACACAGGUCCCAGGGAAGGUCAUCGAGUACGGCCAUGCCAGCCAGGAGAGCUUCAAGCGCGUGCCGUUACCCCCCUCUCCCACCAAGCACAAGCCAGAGGCCACGGUCAACACACAAGAGGCAAGGAACUAUCUGCAACACCACAGGAAGCCCAGCCCCGGCUUAAGGUCGCACGCACGAACCUCCCGCAGCCCACCGUCCGUGAAAGGUCCGACACCCACUAUGGUCAACGACUACAUGGCGGCCCAGCCCAGAGUUUAUCCCCACACAUGCUCACUGUGCGUGGUGCAGUGUGAAGACGCCAAGGAUUGGCACAACCACAUUAACACGGUGGUCCACACAGCAGGGUGCAAAGACCUCAGGAAUCAGUAUCCUGACUGGAGACCCCCUGGCUCCAGUUUGUGGCCCAGCAGAGAUCGUUCCCCUUCUCCGGACAGUUGGUCUGGGCGCCACGGGAACCGUUCGGCCUCACGCUCGGCCUCGCGUUCCCUGUCGUCCUGCUCCUCGCCGGGCCGCUCCCCGACGCGCCACGGCCACAGCAGCAGAGGCGCCGCGUCCAGAGGCCAGCGCUGGAGAUCUCCUGACCGCCAAACCCCAUACAGACACGGCCACUCCCAUUCUCCACCCUCUCACCACCAACACCACCACCUCCCCCAGCACCAGCACCAGCACGCACCCCCUCACCGCGGCCGGCAUGGGUCCCCUUACGGCCGACGGAGCCACCCAUGCCACAGUUCCGGUCACAUUCCUACAGACGGUGCGUCAGCACGACAUCUCCCCCAUGACCGGCCCAGAGGCCCUCAUGAGGUGUCCCGUCGGCGCGCAGCAGCAGGACCUCCAUCGUCCUCCUCCCCCUGCUCCUCCCUGUCCUCGUCCUCGUCCUCCAGGAACAAUAAGAGGCAGCCGUCCACCUCUCCUGGGGGCGACAAAGCCAAAGUGCCGGAGAGGCGACGGGCCUCUCGCUCCUCUUCCACACAGGGCAAGUCACCAGCAUCCACCUCCAAAUCCUCAUCCACCAAAAUUGACCAGCCUCCCAUGUCUCCUGCAUCUAAGUCUGACCCGAAGGUAGCGGCUUCAGAUCCCAAGCCAAUUGUGGAACCAGUGGAGAGCAAAAAGGCCGACACUGUUUUCAGACAGACAGAAACUACAGAGAAAGUGAAGUGGACAACAGAUGAGAGGGGCAUCGUGCUGAUGUCUGGACUUCCUGACAGUGGGUACACUGAGAGUGACAUCGUGAAACUGGUUACUCCCUAUGGAGAUCCAACACAGGUCAUCAUCGCCACUGCAGAGGGCAAGGCCGUGGUGGUUCUACCUGACAAGAGCUCGGCUCAGGAGAUGGUGAAUGCACCUGCCUGCAUCUGUGACUGUCAGCUCAUUCUGGAACAGCUAUCAGUGUCAGUGGACCUGAGCAGGCCGGUGACACUAUUCCACGUGAUGAUGGGGCCUGACAAACCUUGUGGAGCGUUAACGGCUUGGAACAGGCUGCUGGUGGUGAAGAAUGUUCCAGACACACCAAAUGGACCCAGAGAGGUGCAGCAGCUCAUACAACGGUUCGGCAAUGUCUGCAGAAGUCUGGUGCUCAACCACAACAAGAUAAUCUUCGAAAUGGAAACGGCUGCCAUUGCCCAGGUCGUCUACAAACGUUUCCAGAAGUUUCCAUGCAUUGUGCAAAACAACCCCUUAUCCUUCUCCAUGAAGCCAGAUGUCAUGUUGGUCAAGAAAAAUGAAGAAGCUAAAAGCAAUCCAUCAACCUCCACUUCAUCUGAUUGCAAAGCAUCAGACCCGGCAGCUUCGUCAGACCCCUCUCCAGCGGCCGCUGGAGGCCAGGAAGCCUUGUCCAGCGAGGCCAUCGCAGCCGAGCAGACAGACAGCGCCACCACGGAAGCGGAUGCAGGGAAACUGCCAGACUCGUGCCCAGCAGGGAAGGACACCUCCACGUCCCAGGUGCCUGUGGCAGUGGCGGUGAAUGGUGACGGGGAGAUUGCAGCAAAGGGAGGUGGAGGAGGAAGUGAUGUAGAGGCAGUAGGGGAGAAGCUUGACCUGCCGAAGUUCACCCCCGCGCUCCUGCAAGCCCUCCUGCAAGAGUGCAAGUCCCGGUCAGUACUGAGGGCUUCCGCAGAGCCAAAGGGAGCUGAUACAGAAGCUGCCCCAGGCUCACAUGCUCCACCUGAAACAACUGCACCUAGAGACAUAGGUGUUACACGGGAUGAGGACCAAGAGAUGGGAGGCAACCUGGAGGACGACCUCGUACCUUGUGUGAUGGAUGACUUUGUGACGGUAGAUGAGGUAGGGGACUUUGCUGGGGAACCCAGCCAGCCAUUAGAGGAGGCACUGGCGGUCACUGCAGAGGGAGUCAGUGCGGAGGGGUCACUGCACUCGGAGACCGCGAGCCUCGUCCCAGAAAACACGGGCGCAGACACCAGGGAGGAAGACGAGAGGGUGGAGAGCACAGCACCUGGUGGAAGAAUCAACCAGAACCUGAUGGAGGAAAAUGUGGAGGACCAUACACAACAGAACGUGGAGAGUGAAAGCUGCACUGGUAGCAUUGCCGUGGGUAACCAGCAAGGUGAGAAGGAAAAGGAGGAGGUCAUCACCCCAGGUCCCAUAAGUUCACAAGUGGAAACUGGUUCAUCGUCAGAUUGUACAGAUCCAUUGGAGGAGGACGGUCCACACCGGGUCGUUCAGAUGGACAGUUGUGCCACUAUGGACGCUGUGGUCACAACGGGGGAAAAGGAGGAGGAAUCAGAUUACAAAACACAGGACGAGACUUCCAUAACCACUUCACCCACAUUAGAACUCAGAGUGAUUUCAGAGGGGCCCAAGCGCCGGAGAUCUCCAGAUCAGCCUGAGGUGGUCACAAAGAGGAUCCGUAAGGAACCAAUCUUCGCUAAAGACUACAGCCUGCCUCCCUUUGGCUCUGAUCGUCCUGUAGGCAUGGAGUUCCUGGAGCCAAGGACCGGCUUCUUCUGUCAGGUGUGUGCCAAGUUCUUCUGCGGAGACGAAGACGCCAAGGAGAGUCACUGUCGCGGAGUGGAACACUAUGAGAAUCUAGAGACCGCACUACAACACUGGAGACUGAAGCACAGCAGUGGGCCCAAUGGGGCCUCAUUAUGAAGCUCUCAGAGUCUCCGAGUUCUGCUCAUUCCUACACCUCUUCGACCUGUGGGUCUUUUUAUUUCACGGACACCAAACUUGUGCUAUGUUGUACAUGUAGUAUGUUUGAUCCAUGCAACAAAAGAACUGUAAAUACAAAAAGCAAAUAAACUUUUUUUUUGUUUGUUUUGUUUUA